GUGACGUUGUCUCAUAGGCGGGCAUUCUAUAAAUAUUGCGAACGUCACUUCCUUUUUCCUCUCUCUCCUAAGGGCCGCAGCCGCCAUGGUGAGGGUUUACAUUGCGGUAGAUGGGGAUUGUUAGAAUCCGAUUCCAUCCGAGCCCAGGAAUGUCACCGGAGCCCAGCUCGGGCCUGGCCCGGGUCACGGACGGUCUGUGGAAGCCAUAGAGGGCGAUAUUUGUGAUGGGGCUUGGAAUAAAGUAAUGCCGGGUCAGGUAGUCUGACUGGGGGGCUGACGGCUCGGGUGCCAUUAGUAACAUUAUACCAGGCCUGUCUCUCUAUGGCCGUUAUAAUGGGUGGCUGGCCAGUAAGGGGCUCUGAAACUGCUGCUAAAAUGGCUCUGUCCAUGGCAGCAUUGACUCUCAGCAGCUGGCAAUGUACUAUAACUAUAUCCAGCCUGGGCUAAUGGUCAUGGGAAGGCCUGGGCUUGCUGGGUGGUGUGUGGGGCUGGAAGGCCUGGGCUUGCUGGGUGGUGUGAGGGGCUGGAAGGCCUGGGCUUGCUGGGUGGUGUGAGGGGCUGGAAGGCCUGGGCUUGCUGGGUGGUGUGAGGGGCUGGAAGGCCUGGGCUUGCUGGGUGGUGUGAGGGGCUGGAAGGCCUGGGCUUGCUGGGUGGUGUGAGGGGCUGGAAGGCUUGGGCUUGCUGGGUGGUGUGUGGGGCUGGAAGGCCUGGGCUUGCUGGGUGCAAUAUUUAAGGUAGACACUGUUCUAGUUACUGUCUGGGGUGUUCUGUUCGGGUGCCUGUGUGCAGCUCUAUUGCUUUGUUUCAUCUAUUCUUUACAUUUAUAUAACUCUUGUAUUUUAUUCUUUCUAGUCUCUCGUAAUCCCCGAGAAGUUCCAGCACAUUUUGCGUGUCCUGAACACCAACAUCGAUGGACGCAGGAAGAUUGCGUUUGCAAUAACUGCUAUUAAGGUAAUUACGAACUGUAAGAAGGCCUCUAGUAGUGUUUGUCUUGUAUAGUACUCGUUUUCUGACCGCUGUCCAUUCUUUAGUGACUUCAUAUUAAGAAUAGUGGUGACUUCCAUUCAUGUUAUAACCUAGCGGCAUGAGUACUUGGCAGGGCACACUAGGUUUCCAUUCUAUAGACCUAGUUUGUAUUUGAGGGCUGAGUCCUAAAGUGCAGUUCUCAUCAGACAUGACCGACCUUAUGUGCCAGAAUAUGUAUGGCUCACUAUUACUGUAGUUCUGGCUAAAUGAAUAGGACAUUCACCAUUUGUUUAUAUUUGCUGGAUUUGUUUUGUCACUAUUAAAUGUGCUGUAUAGUCAGAAAAACCUACAUCAGUGUCAUAUGAAGACCUCAAUUAAACAGUUUUAUUUACUUCAAUCUACACUUUCUCUAGAGGGAGUGCAGGAACACUCAGACACUGAGUUAGGGGUUUCUAUCUCAUGAAAUCUUUUUCCAACUUUAAAUAAACUGUUUUCUCCAUCUUUCAGGGUGUUGGACGUCGUUACGCUCAUGUGGUUCUUCGUAAGGCUGAUAUCGAUUUGUCAAAGCGUGCAGGAGAACUGACAGAGGAUGAGGUGAGCUCAUAAAAUAGUGACUUUGUAUUGAAUACACUGAACAUUGCUCACAUCUGUUGAUCAUACAACUAGUGGUUUAAUAGUUUGUGCCAUUGUAAAGUUAUUACAGUAUGCAUUUUCUAGUGCUGAAAACAUCUUGGUGAUGAAAUUUACAAAUACUAGGUAUACAUUGUAGUAUUUAUAUUAUGGUAGCUUUAAAGUUAAUUUUCUCAUGCUAUGUGCUCAUUGUAUAAAUACUCUCAUCCUGGAUUUUUGUAAUGUUAUUAUAAACUCUGUUAAUGUGUUUGUGUAUUCAUUUUUCCCUCACAUUUUCUCCUCUUCAGGUUGAACGUGUUGUCACUAUUAUGCAAAACCCUCGUCAGUACAAAAUUCCAGACUGGUUCUUGAACAGACAAAAAGACAUUAAGGAUGGAAAAUACAGCCAGGUAUGAAAGUGAUAAGGGAAGUUGGGUGGGAUGCUGCUAAUGUCAAGGAGUAGGCAAUAUUGUGAAUAGAUUACUCAGUUGCUUCAUUUUUGUGACACAGGUCCUGGCUAACGGUCUCGAUAACAAACUCCGUGAAGAUCUUGAGAGGCUCAAAAAGAUCAAGGCUCACAGAGGGCUGCGUCACUUCUGGGGGUAAGUGUUCUUGUGGUAGCAUCCUACAUGCAGCUUAGAACUGAAAUUACCAGGCAGGCGUUAAUGGAGUGUGCUUUGCCUGGUGAAUAUUGCCCCACUGGUUUAUACUAUGAUUCCAGACUUGGGGUGUUUAAACAAAACGUCUUCAAGCACCAGCAGACUUACAUAUUGCUUGAGUUUCUGCCGUAAGCGUUUCUAGUGUUGCUUAAUUGUGGUUGUCUACAUGUCUCUAUGUGAAAACUAGUGUUGUAAAGGAACGGUAAAUGCAGCUUGAGGAAUAAAAUAGUAAAACUGGUAUUUUCCAUGACAUUGCCUUGUCCUCCAGUAGACUGCUAUAAUGUGGAAUUAGUACUUUAUUAGCAGUAUCAGUGUUUUGUCCAAUACAAUCAGCAGGGAUUAGCUGAGAAACUUGGUGGAAGAGUAAGUUUUAGGCAUUAUCUGUGUUCGUAAAUGUGGGUCCUCUUUGAUGUGGAGUAUAGUUUGUCAAACUGCACCUAAAGUAUUUGACGUAAGACUAGAACAGCACACACUCUAGGCAGGAUAUCCUCUUCAUUGCUGCCGAGGUUAUUUUACAAAUAAAACUAUAAUCGUCAGUCUGUCAACAGGUAGCGUGGGAACUUUGGUAUGGUUGGAGAAUUGGUGAGGGCAAUAUUAUAUAUCCAGCAAUAAACUAAAACCAUACAGAAACUCUGAAUUGUAUAAACAAAUCUUAACUUGAAAGCAGUGUAAACUUUUUUUGCUUGACAAAUAUGGAAUAUGGCUACACACGCAAAUUAUUUUUAUACAAACUGGAGUGAUCCAGACAAUCCGUGAAAUGUUGUACAUUGAGUUUCAAAUUGGCCAGGUUGGUCCUUUCUCAGUGUACCUGCCAACUGUGUUAACAAGCUUAGUUACUUCUUUUCAAAAAUGAAAAACUUCUGCUACUCUGCAUAUCUUGGAUUUGGUAUGUGGAAGGUAGACCACGAAUUUGAGGAUGGGGCUUUAAAAUGACAUUGGUUUUAGAAAUUUUGUGCCCAUGAUUGCUUUUGGUCUCCAGGCACCAUAAUCACUUCAGUGGUCAUUAUGAUUGAAGUCUGUAUGUUCAGUGUUUCAAUUGAAUGGCUGCACAUAGAGAGAUGUAAAUCCACAUCUAGCAGUGUCCAUAAGUAAUUAGCCAGUCUUGAAUAGUCAUUUAUUAACUGAGUGGCAGAAUUGGCAUUUGACUGGGUAUAAUUAAGCUGCCUCCAUGGUAUUCUCAUCAGUGGGAAUAUAAGAUGUAAAGAUAUUGCUGGGUCAUGGUACUCCACUGCAGGCUGUUGGAGUAACUCUUUAACUUUGAGUAUCAGUUUCUAGAAAUGCGGCCAUGUUUCUUGCAAACAAGAGUCUGCGGCCAAGAAAGUCCAGAACAUUUUAUAUAUUACUUUCAUGGCAGGAGCAGCUAGAACAGGGGCACCAUAUGGUAGACUGUAUACUAAUAUGCUGUCAGAUAUAGAUGGUAUAAACAUCCCCAAUUACAAAGGUUGGGGGAGCUUCAUGGUCACUGUAGCUCAAAGUUCUGCAGUGACAACUAUUGUGACUUGAGGACCUAUUUGCAUGGCUAUUAAUGGAGUAACUUUUGUAACUGCAACAUUGUCCUGUCUUGUAUGGGAGCGAACACUGGCAUUAGUGUUUUGAGUGCGCAGAUAAGCCAAUCUAAGCACCAACAUCACUUCAUCUAAAUUAAGUGAUUUGUGGGGAUAGCCUUGCAUUUAAAAACUACACUGUAAAGAUGCCAAACAUUGUGUGUAAUCCAAUUCUUUUCAGAUCUAGAUACUGCUCAGGGGGUCUAGAUGUUGCUCAACGUAAUGGUACUCUGAGCCCCUAUUAAACUCCUGUGUAUUUAAAUAUCCCCGCCUGAAAUGUUGAUCUAUCACUUCUGUGGAUAAACUAGACGAACUGCAAUGUAUUUAAAUUUGGGAGCAACUAGACAGAUGCUGAUCUGUAAAUUCUCAAAGCAUAGAUAGUUUGGCCUCAAUGUUUAAAUCUGAUUUAAAUUCUUUGCAAUCAGUAGUUUAGGGAAUAACCCUGAAACUGCUUGUGACUCAAGGUGCUUGAAGAUUUAUUAACCUCCCUGGCUGUAAUCCUAAGGUUUAAUUUUCACUACCAAAAGCGGCAACCCUGAGCUAUACUUGGGCUUACACUGUAGUAUCACUUACCUUGUCCCUACGAGCCCCUGGUGUGCGUGUGUGUAAAAUAAAUAAAUAAAAAAUAAUAAAAAAACACACACACAAAACAUUGUAAAAACAAUGUACCACUUUAGUGUUAAAUACUGACAUAAUCAGACUGCCAGGGAGGUUAAUUGUUGCUUGUAGAUCAAUUUGGUUGAAAAUAGCAGUUUUAAAAGUUUAAGAAUGUUUAGAGCUAAACAAUGUUUCCCAUACCGCCAGGUUAUUUGGGGUGUUUGGAAAGCAAUCACUGCAUUUACAUAUUUACUUUGUACAUUUAUCCAUUUCAUGCUUUUUGACAUCUUUUGAAUAACCUUGUUAUGGCUUUCUGUUACAGCCUGCGUGUCAGAGGUCAGCACACAAAGACCACCGGCCGUCGUGGACGCACAGUGGGUGUGUCCAAGAAGAAGUAACCUGUUUGGCUCAGUUAUUUGUCAAUAAAACUCUGUAUAAAA